UUUGCUCAAACGUCGAGCAAGUUUAACACACACAACGGAGCAGCGUCGGAAUGCAGGGAUGCCAGGGCGCCGGGAUGCCAAGGGACUUCGCUGGUCCGGGAACACUCGAUUGGUAACGCAUGCGCCGUGCAUUCAACCACGCACUCCUCGCUCGGCUAGGGCGGAAACGCUUUCCGGUGUAGAUAUACCAGAAAUAUUUCUGCUCUUCUGGCGUUAUGCUGCGUCGGUGGACGAGUGCCGUGUCCUGACUCCUGACUCCUGAAAGCUGUGUAGUGACGAGUGCGAAGCGAAUUGAAUCGAAUCGAAAUCCUAAGGACACGGCUAAAUCGGUGAGCUCCUCGAGCUAUGAGCGCCUAGACCCGUUAAUUGUGAAACCUUCCUGCAUCGGCCAGGCAAGUGCGGUUCCAGAAAAUGCCAGAAACAUCGCCGGUGAACCGCCCACACACCCCCAAAGGUGCAUAGGUAUACAAGCUGCAACAUAGCCACUGAGCUCCGCACAUCUCGAAAGGCUGCAGGAUGUUGAUCCGUUGGAAGAGCAAAGACAAGAGCGCCUCCUCCAACCAGAGUGUCGGCGGCAGCAGCAGCUCCUCGUCGAAGAAGAAGCGCAAGGGUCGAGAGGGCGAAGAAGACUGGCAGAAUGAGGCAAAAUCGGGACGCCUUCCGUCAAAUGAACAGGGUGGCGACGAACGACGACGAGCCAUGCGACGCGACGAUCCGCGACGACACACGCUCGGCGGCGAUAUGCUGGUCUACGGCUCGCAGCAUCCACACGCCCAUCAGAUGGCGCCCCAGCAACAGCGCGCUAUGGAUCUGGAGAUGAGUACGCGCGCGCAGAAGAACAAAAAGAACCAGCCGAUGCGGGGAUAUGCGCCUGUUAACCAGGGACCGCUGUUCGACGACGAUCCGGGCAUCAUGUCGGAGGUGGAAACGGCCAGCACCGGAUUCCGGAGGGGCGGCAAGCAGCGCUCCUCGCUCCCCGUGGUACGCACGCCCUCGAAAACUCUGGAACGACCGCUGGGCCUGGUCUUUCUGCAGUACCGCUCGGAGACGAAGCGCGCCCUGCUGCCCAACGAGAUCACAUCGAUUGAUACGGUGCGCGCCCUGUUCGUACGCUCGUUUCCGCGACAGUUGACCAUGUCAUAUCUGGAGGGGCCCAAUGUGAAGAUUUACAUUCAUGAUGCCAGCAAGGAUAUGUUCUACGAGCUGGAGGACGUGCGCUCGCAUCUGCGCGAGAUCAGAGAUCGCUCCGUGCUGCGUCUUUUUGAGUCCACUGAGGUGGCAGCCCCGCCCCAGAUCCUGCCCGGCGGCCCUGGAAUACCACAACCUCUGCCACAGGCGCAGGCCAACUGGGACCAGGAUCAGAGCUACUUCAGCGAGCCGGAGUUCGAUUCGGACUACAAGCACCAGCAUAUCCACAAGUCAAAGAUUGGGAAACAACCGGCGCCCUACUACGUGGGCUCAUCGCAGACACUGCCGCGAGGCAUGUACUCUUCAGAACGCAACAAGGUGUCGAUGGGAGCGCCUGUGAAACCACUCAGAUCACUUAAUCCAAGGGGUAGCAUGGAACCCCUGUUCCCCUACACCCCGGAUCAGUUAUACAGCAUUCCAGAUGGAUACACCAGUUCCCCGGAGCGCAGCAGCCGCGGAAACUACGAGGAGCCGUACUACAGCCAGUACGGAACAAGGGGCGCCGUAGUGGCGCCCAUCAUCGACGAGGAGCAGAGCGAUGGAACCAUGACAGAGGAUCAGUACGCACUGUACGGCAUCAAGGUGGGGCCGGGACCCAACCGACUCACGCACCGCGGCAACCAGAUCUACGAUCCCACUAGGCCAGAAGACUUGCACCGGAUUCGCGUGGAGCACAUGGAAAGGCAGCUGGCCAACCUGACGGGACUAGUGCAGAAGGCCCUGGUUAACCAGAACCCACAGAUUGCCCCGCUGGCCGUGCCCACCUUGGACUCCAAUUAUUUGGUUGUGCCGUCGCAGAUGCAAGCCAAUGGCUCCGGGGAUGAGCUGUACAUUCGGGAGAAAGCUCCCAAGCUGGGCAAAAACUCGUGCCAAAAAUCCGUGUCCUUUGAGAAGUCAGUGUCAUUUAGCGAUGACAUACAGGGAAUACCAAAGUCUCACAAUCCCCUACAUGCCGCUGAAACGAAGCCAACCAAGCCGGCAAUCAAGUCGUCCACCCUUCCACGCACCUCGUCCCAAGAGCGUGACCGCCUAAAGCCUCCUCCGCCACCCAAGCCGAUCGUGCUAGCUCAGACCGCUCAUCCCAACUACCGGGCGGACAUUGCCCUGGCUCCCGAGGUAUACAACCACUUGCGCGGCCUGCAGAAGAAGGCCAAGGACCUGCGCAUGGAGGUCCGCACCCUGAGGCGCCUCUCGCAGGCUCAGGCUGUCGCCGUGCGCGAAGACAUCAAGGGAACCUUCAUGCGGAUUCGCGCCACUCUGCUGGCGAGCAGUGGCAGCUUCUGGGAUCACCAGGGCGACCAGGACGCCACUCGCAUUUCGCGCGAGGAAGAGCUCUACAAGCAGGAAGUCAUACGUCUGGAGAAGGACCUCAGCGACCUGGAGGGGUCAGUUGAGAACCUGCGCGGAGAGGUCAUUAACCGGCGCACUCGCGUCAACAUGACGGCCGUGGAAGACAUGGCUCUGGUGCUGAGCCGGGCAAGCAAAACCGUCGCCGAGCUGAAGCUAAAGUUCCCAUCCCUUUCGAAUGGCUUGCGCUGCAUCCUGUCCAACGAGAUGGAGAAAGUGGUGCGAGAAGAAAAGUUCCUCAAAGAAGAGCCCGACCGCUUGGAGUCGGCGCUACGGCGCUGCAAGAAGCUGACCGGCACAUUGGUGACGCUCAAACGCUUGGCCAGCGUGCAGGAGCAACGGCUGCCGCCGAACGAGCCAACUAUAAGUGAGGAGCCACCGCGGUCCGCGGACAUCUCGGCGCCCGACAAGCCAAUCCCAACACCCAGGAUGGGGUCGUUCGCUCUCAGCGGGGGACUCGCACCCGAAAACGCACUCGAUGCUCUGCUAGAUGAGCUCAAGACAUUCUCCAAGCCCAUCGCCCAACAACAGCAGCAGCAACAGCAACAGCAGCAGCAACAGCAGCAGCAGCAACAACAGCAGCAGCAACACCAGCAACUAUACGAGAUUCGCCCUGAAGAUUCGGCAUCCGACGAAAGCGCCCAGGCCGCAGUACAAAGCACCGUUACCACGCAAAUAUCGCAGGCCCGUCUCUACACGGAGGCGAGCGUCAAUAUGCAGCAAGCGACCACCGGCAGCAUGGUCAUCGCUGUCGCCUCGGGCAAUGUUUCGGCUCAGGCUCAAUCCCAGCGAGGAGUGCUCAUCCACCAGCAGUCGCAGUCGCAGUCGCAGGCACAGCUGAUGGUGCACACCAACAUGGGCAGCCUGCGACGACUGCACUCCUAUCCCAGUGAGUCGGAUGGCGAACUGUCUGGGCCGCCACCGACUGGCCCGCGGGCCAGCGAGACCUCGUCCUCGACCAGCCUGGCCAACGGCGGCAGCAGCAACAAGCCACCCGUGCCCGAGCGAAACGCUGAAUUGAUCACCAAGGUGGGCCACAAGCGCAUACCGCCACCUCCGCCGCCACGCACCAGCUCACGCAGUCCACUGGCCAGUCCAACCAGCCCGAACGUGCCACAAAACCUGGCUGCCGCAGCCACAGCCACAGUCAAUUUGAUUCCCAAUUCCAAUUCGAAUGCCAGCGCCAAUCCCAAUGUCAAUAGCAAUGCCACAGGAAACAAGGGCACAGUGGGUGACACAGCGGCCGUGGUUAGCGGCGACACCUCAAGCGGUGACAACUCGAGCGGCAACGAGUCCGGCAACGACCAUGUCCAGCGUCAGGUGGCCCUCGAGAUGCGUCACCAGGAGCUGCUCAAGAAGCAAAAGAUGCUGCAGGAGCAGUACCAGCGCUUGCAGCAGAUGAGCAAGCUGCCCUCGGUGGAUGUGGCCUGUUCCUCCUCCUCCUCGCAGGACAUUGCCAGUGGCAGCAACACACUCCGCAAGCUGGGCAGCGAGACGAACAUCCAGCAGAAGAUCGCCGCCCUGAGUCUGGCCUGCGAGACUAGUGGUGCCGCAGCUGCGGCGGCGGCGGCUGCUGCUGCGGCUACCAAUGGCGUGGUGGCCAGUGAUGCUACGAGCGGUGCGAUCGGCGGUGGUGGUGGUGGUGGAGCUGCAGGGGCGGCUGGUGCGAGCGCUGCUGCUGCACACUCCAACUCCAACUCGAAUUUGAACUUGAACUCCCAACACCAGACAGCCACAACGACCACUAAACAGCUGUACGAGACCGAGAUACUUUAACACAACUGGAAAUUGGCGUGGAACGAAGCUAAAAUUGACAUUUAAUCGGAGCAGUUUGUAUCUGAUUUAUAUCUGAAAUUGCGGACCGGACGAGUCGAGGCCCAUCAGCACCAUCCCCAUUAUAUGCGUGGACUACGAUUCCGAAUCCAAAUCCGAAUCCGAUAGAGAAACGUUGGAGGCAUUGACAAAAGAGAACGGAACAGAAACGAUAGUUAUGAUUGAAUAUGAAGGGCAAACGCCUUUUCGUUUGUUGAGCACGGACUCACAUCGUACUUGUAUUUACUAUCAUCUAAUUGUCGUACACAAAUGUGUGUUUGCACACCUCCAGCAUCCGAUGUACGUUAUGUGUUGUCUGUAAAAGCGCAAGGCAAAUGAUCGGAGCAAACCUAAACGAAAGCAUACAGUAUCGAAUCGAAUCACAAAUCAAAAGCCGUAUAAGUAAUUUGUGCACCCCCAUAAAAACAAAAACAAAAAAAAAAAGAUACAAAAACGGGCAACCGUACACCCCAUGCACCAGAGUAAAAAUGCCCAGAUGAAUGUAUUUAUGUAUGUAUUCGCUUACAUUGAUGUACUUGUUGCAUGUUGUGUUUUUGUUGUUGUUUCGACGAAGUUAUAGGUCAUAUAGGUCGAGAGCAGGAGAUGGGGCAGCGUUUGGCGAUGGAGAACAAUACGUUCUCCAAGACACCAUCACCAUAAUCCCCAGCACCAUGCCACGACACAUCCCUACAUCCAUACAAGUGGACUAUGUGUUGAGGUCCCGCCCAGCGCACUCCCUGCCCCUGCCCCAGAAUCCAAAAUCUAAAAUUAAAAUCUGAAGUCCAGGAUGUGGGAUUCAGAGGCCAGGACCUGGCCAAACACAAUCACACUUAGAACCAUACACACUGCAUAGCAAAGCAAAACGCCACACAACACACAGUCGUAGGAGCACAGGCCGAUUGAAGAUUAACCAUUAUGCACAUGUACAGAUCUACGUAUGUACUUAAAUAAUAUGUCAUAGAUUUUUAUUAUUACCUUGGUAUGGGACGUGAGACUGAUAGUUCUAUAUAUGUAGCUCAUCAAGAUACAAUAUGAAAUACGAAAGCUAAAGAUAUUGUACUUAUUUUUGUUAGAAGAUGACUAGCUAAUUUUAUCCCCCACAAGAAGCCACAAAGAGCACUCCCUCCUGCUCCUAAAGGAGGCCACAGCUCGUUAUUCCCGGCUGGAAUUGCGGAGAGUGCUUGUGCCCAUCGGACUACCGACGGUUCUAUUGUUUACAUGCUGCACCUAUCAAAUGGGUAAAACAUAUAUCCUUAGCUAUAUGCAUUCAACGCUACACGCCACAUCAAACGGUGGUCAGUGGCUGGCCAGCAAGGUCACAUCCACGGUUAGUUUACACUUGGGCUUUGCCCAGACGAUCAGGCUUUCAAGCAUGAUCGAUUGCAUUGUUUUUGGAAUAUCCAAAUCCCAGUAUGGAUUUCGAUGGACACAAGGGAAACGGCACACCCAUGCACACACAUAUAGAUUUGUUACAUUUACUGCCCGCCCAGUAUUAGACUUCAGUAUUAUAGGCUAAUUUACUUUUAAUAAACUUGUAACACACGACUUGAACGAAAUUUGUUGCACCUCUGCCACGUUUUAUAUCAAUUAAACACAAACAUGCAUACCUUAAAUUGUUCAAUUUUCGAAGUCUAAAUUAGGUCGGUCGAGUUCGCCACACAGAUCCCGAUCCUCUCGGGAGUGGACGAGCGCUGUAGCAUAAGAUCUAACACCAUACCACAACACACCAUACCACAACAGGUUACAAUGAACACUUUAGAGUAUAUGUAUCUGCAUCUGCUAUUCGCUACUCACAUAUGUAUGUAUAAAUUCAUAGUUCUAUUACAUGUAUAUCCAAUAGCUCAAAUACACCUUCUCCAGGCCACUGCUGAUGAUGCGGACCGUGUGGCCCACAACAGUGAGCCGUGUCUUUUAUAGGUAGGCCCAGUUUAGAUGCCCAAUGUGCAAUGGACUUGACUUCAAUUCAAGACUAAACGCCAAACACUUGACCCCUUAGGUGCGCGCUCAAGACAUUUACAUGCAUAUACACAAAAAGACAAAUAUUUAUUACCUAAGUUAGAAGAUUUGUAUUGUUUAUUUAGCGCCAUUCGACGAAUAUGUAUAACAUAUAUUUACAUGCAAACCACGCAACGAAUACACACUUAAAAGAACAUAUAUACAUGCCUACAAUGAAUACGACGAUAAUAAAUAACAACCUAUGCAAAGGCAGUGUUAAAGAGUCCCCUAAUAAUACCAAGUCAACAUAUUUAAGUAUAAAGUUAAACCAGGGAACGUGCCCGAAUCGAAGGCGAAUCGUGACCCUACUUAUAUCCCCAAAAGGCACAUUACACACGAUCAUACUGACACCACACUCACACGCCUACACAGGUAUUUGGCAUCGCGAACACGAUCUAGUAUCGAUCUAAUGACGAUUUAAAACCAAACCAAACCAAAACCCUCGCCCCACUGGGAGAAGGGAGGUGCAGAAAUCAAUUCUCAAUUCGGAUUUGAGAUUUGAGAUUGGAGCUGCAUCGGAAGAGUUGGAAGUGCGUAUUUUUUUCUUAAUAAUAAUUAUUCUAUUUAAAUCACAACAAACCACAACAAUAAAUAUCAUUCGUAAAAUGAA